AUGCAGUUUACACGCAACUUGUUGCAGCAGUGCAGCAGCGGCCCGGGCAGCAGAGCACGCCCCAUCUUCUACAGUACCGCUACCGCCGGGAACCACAAGCUCCGGCAAAUCAUUCAACAUCAACUGGACGAUAUCCGUGAAGCCGGCACGUACAAAAGCGAACGUAUUAUAACGACCCCCCAAGCUACGGCCAUCGGUGUCGCUGGAAGUAGUGGCAAAAUUCUGAACUUUUGCGCCAACAACUACCUUGGAUUAUCGGCAAACAACGAUGUCAUCAACUACGGCAAGAAGGCACUCGACGAGUACGGUGCCGGUUUAAGCUCGGUCCGUUUUAUCUGCGGUACGCAGGACAUUCACAAGCAGCUGGAGGAUAAGCUGUCCAAGUUUCAUCAGCGCGAAGACACAAUCCUUUACGCGUCCUGUUUCGAUGCAAAUGCGGGCAUCUUUGAAGCUGUUCUCACGCCGGAAGAUGCUGUCUUUUCCGACGAACUAAACCAUGCAUCCAUUAUCGAUGGUAUACGGCUGUGCAAGGCAAAGAAGGCACGCUACUUGCACCGGAAUAUGGCCGAUCUGGAGGAGAAGCUGCGCACGACGGACGCACGCAUCAAGAUGAUCGUAACGGACGGUGUGUUCUCGAUGGAUGGUAAUGUAGCUCCACUGCCGGAGAUAUUCGAACUGGCUGACCGGUACGGUGCGGUUACGUUUGUCGAUGAUUGCCAUGCGACCGGGUUCUUUGGUCGUACGGGGCGUGGUACGGAAGAGUUUUACGGAAUGCUCGGGCGGUGUGACAUCAUUAAUUCUACGCUGGGCAAAGCACUCGGUGGAGCGGCCGGUGGUUAUACGACCGGUCCACGGGAGUUGGUUGAUCUGCUGCGUCAAAAGUCCCGUCCAUACUUGUUCUCGAACUCGCUGCCACCGCCAGUGGUGGCCAGCGCAUCGAAAGUGAUCGAUAUGCUGAUGGAAUCGAGCGAACUGACGGCAAAGGUGCAGAGCAAUACGCGUCGCUUCCGGGAGGCAAUGACCAAGGCAGGUUUUACUAUCUCCGGCAUGGAUCAUCCGAUCAGUCCGGUAAUGUUGGGUGAUGCUCGACUCGCUUCGACCUUUGCGGAUGAGAUGCUGAAGCGUGGCAUUUACGUGAUUGGCUUCAGCUAUCCGGUUGUGCCGAAGGGAAAGGCCCGCAUACGCGUGCAGCUGUCGGCGGCUCACUCGGAAGAAGAAAUUGACCGUGCUGUGGCAGCAUUUAUCGAGGUCGGUAAGAAGCUUGGUGUGGUGUCGUAA